AUGGUUGACACAGGCUCAGAGAAAGCUCUGUAUGCCUGUGUUUACCGAUCGCACAGCGGAAACCAGGAGACAACCAGGCUCUUUGAUCACCUUACUGAGAUGGCAGAUAAAGCCCAACAACGGUACCCUACAGCUCAACUCGUAUUUCUCGGGGACUUUAACGCCCACCACGAGGAGUGGCUGUUCCCGUACGAGAAAACUUGCCACGCUGGAAGAGAAGCACGUAAAUUUGCUGUGUCGCUAAACCUUACCCAACUAAUAAAUGUUGCGACGCGGGUACCGGAUGUUCCUGGUCAUACACCCAAUUGCCUUGACCUUCUGCUGACAACUGAUCCGGACAGGCACUCGGUUUCGGUCUCCGCUCCGCUGGGAUCUUCCGACCACUGUCUGGUGAAAUCCGUGUCGAUCCACUCUCCUCCUGAUCUUUGCCCUAGGGGCACGAGGAGGGUAUGGCGAUACGAGUCAGCAGACUGGGAUGAGAUGCGGCAUUUCUAUGCGUCUUUCCCCUGGCAGCAGGUCUGUUUUUCCUCGGGUGACCCCUCGUGUUCUGCUGAGGCUGUUGCGGAUGUGAUUCGGCAGGGAAUGGAAUAUUUUAUUCCAUUCUCCGACCUAUCGCUCGAUCAGAAGGCCCAGGCAUGGUACAGUUCGGAUUGUGCUCGGGCGGUGGCCCUUAAGCAGUCUGCAUACCAGGCUUGGGUGCUAGCCCGCGACUCAAAAGCUGGAGCACAGAGGGUGUGCGCGAGGAAGAAAGCUUUUAACUCUGCUGCCAAGUCCUGCAAACGGGUGCUUCGAAAGGCUAGAUUCGACCACGUCAGUCGUAUAGGGGCCAAGCUCGCCUCCUACCCUCCCGGUAGUAAGCGGUUCUGGUCCCUGUCGAAAGCGGUCGAAUCCAACUUCUGCCGUCCCACACUGCCACCUCUGCAGAAACCGGAUGGUACGCUGGCCCACUCCGCGGCGGAGAAAGCAAACUUGUUUGCUUCUCUGUUUGCGAGCAAUUCACGUCUAGAUGCAGGCUCAAAACUCCCACCUACGCUACCUCAGUGCAGCUCCUCUAUGCAAGGAAUUGCUAUCCGGCAAAAUGAGGUACGCCGAGCUCUGCAGACUCUUGACGUGAAUAAGGCUAAUGGUCCAGACGGUAUACCUGCACGUAAAACAGUGUGCGCCUGA